UCAACCCAACCAGUUGCUGUCAAGACGGUCUGUACGCCCGUUGACCCCCACUGUCUGCUGCUGCUUCGGCGGACUAAAAUCUACCAAGAUGUCUGGCUGGUCAGUGAACGAUCACAAGAAUUACACGAAUCCCACAUCUGGACAGAAGCGGCCGCGAAGCGAACCAGGGAACAAAGUUACAGUGGUCCUCGGUGCACAGUGGGGAGAUGAGGGCAAGGGGAAGGUGGUCGACCUUUUGGCGACGGAAUCCGACAUGGUUUGCAGGUGUCAGGGUGGUAACAAUGCCGGCCACACGGUUGUAGUGGACGGACAGUCGUAUGACUUCCAUCUCCUCCCCAGCGGAAUCAUUAACCCCAAAUGCAUUUCCGUCAUUGGUAAUGGUGUGGUCAUCCAUCUACCUGGUUUGUUUGAAGAGGGGGACAAAAAUGAGAAGAAAGGUCUCAAAGGCUGGGAGAAGAGAUUGGUGAUCUCAGACCGUGCUCACAUAGUGUUUGACUUCCACCAGGAAGUGGACGGGAUGCUGGAGGCACAGAGACAAGCACAGGAGGGCAAGAGCAUUGGUACCACAAAAAAAGGAAUCGGACCCACAUACACGAGCAAGGCAUCCCGUAUUGGACUUCGCGUCUGUGACCUUUUAUCUGACUUCAAAGAGUUUUCUGUGAGGUUCAAGAACCUUGUACAGCAGUAUCAGUCCAUGUAUCCCGGUCUUAAAGUCGACACUGAGGGCCAGUUGAAGAAGCUGAAGGAGUAUGCUGAGAAACUGAGGCCUAUGGUGAGAGAUGGUGUCCACUUCAUGUACGAGGCACUUCAUGGACCAGCAAAGAAGAUCCUUGCUGAAGGCGCCAACGCAGCCCUGCUUGAUAUCGACUUUGGUACCUAUCCUUUUGUCACAUCAUCAAACUGCACCGUGGGUGGUGUGUGCACUGGACUUGGCAUCCCUCCAGCAAACAUCGGAGAUGUUUACGGUGUCUCCAAGGCCUACACCACCAGAGUUGGCAUUGGUGCUUUCCCAACAGAGCAGCUCAAUCCAAUUGGAGAGCUGCUGCAGACGCGAGGUCACGAAGUGGGCGUGACCACUGGAAGGAAGAGGCGCUGUGGUUGGCUGGACCUGGUGAUCCUCAGAUAUGCCCACAUGAUCAACGGCUUCUCAGCUAUUGCCCUCACUAAACUGGACAUUCUGGACGUCCUGGAUGAGAUCAAAGUGGGUGUGGCCUACAAGCUCAAUGGAAAGAGGAUCCACCACUUCCCAUCAAACAUGGACGUUUUGAACAAAGUGGAGGUAGAGUAUGAGACCUUCCCUGGAUGGAAGACAGACACCUCUGCUGCUAGGAAAUGGACUGACCUCCCUCAAAAGGCCCAGAACUACAUCCGCUUCGUGGAAAACCAGAUCAGUGUCCCCAUUAAGUGGGUGGGUGUCGGCCCAGCCAGGGAGUGCAUGAUCCAGCUGUUCUAGAGUGCCUCCACCUCAUCCCGAAGUUCUGGAACACCUCAGCACUAUCUUCCAUCUCAAGUUCUUCAGCUCGUCACUGCUCUCUCCUAUUCAAACCAGAUGGACUUAAGCUUUACACACAACACCCCAAUAUACUGUACGUCACUGGCUGUCCUUUCACCCUGAACACCUCAUAUUAGAAUGAGAAAUAUGGAAUAAUUAUGGAACAUUAAAUUUGUUAAACCAAUGACUGUAGAAUACAUAUGGACACCAAACGUUCUAUUCUAUUCUGCCGCCUCCACCCCUUGCUUCACAAUACAACGUUUGGUGUCAAUUUAUAUACAGUUAUUUGGUUCAACCAUUGAUAACAAAAUCUUUCAGGUUAAUACAGAGGGCAAUGUUUUUCCCUCUAGUUAACAACAACGUGAAGUUGUUGUGGAACCAGUUUCUUUGUCAAUCCACUUGCUUGUUUGCACUAUAUGUAUGGGAUUAUGGCAGUUGGUCAUGUGACUGGAAAAAAGUGUUGCGGUUUCCAUUGAGGUGUCGAGUCGAAUUUGAUGAUGAGGCAUUAUCUUGACAUUAAAGGGUCAAAGCAAGAAGCAUCUCUGGUACCCUUUCGUGCUACUGAGUAUUUGUGUGGGGACAUAGGCCUAUGGUUUUACAUUUGGGGGGAAUACUAAAUUGGACCGUUUCCUUUCUACAUGCAUGCUUUAUGUUUAACAGUGAUGUUUUAUGCUGUUGAUUUGUACUGUUGUUACUUGAAUAAGGAAUUAUGGCUUUGCAAUAAAUUUUAACUCCA